AAAGAAUAGUUCAAAUCUCACAUUCCCAAAGGCGUCUUGAUAAACGCCCAUUCCCCUUUUUCAAAGCAAAAAUUUGUCUCUCAUUUUCUUAGAAUUUCCUCUGUAUUUCUUUGAAUUUCAAAAGAAAAAUGAGAGAGUGUAUUUCGAUUCACAUCGGUCAGGCCGGUAUUCAGGUCGGCAAUGCAUGCUGGGAACUUUACUGUCUCGAGCAUGGCAUUCAGCCUGAUGGCCAAAUGCCAAGUGAUAAGACUGUUGGUGGAGGAGACGAUGCUUUCAACACCUUUUUCAGCGAAACUGGUGCCGGAAAGCAUGUCCCUCGUGCCGUAUUUGUUGAUCUCGAGCCUACUGUCAUCGAUGAAGUGAGGACUGGAACGUACCGCCAGCUGUUCCACCCUGAGCAACUAAUCAGUGGCAAAGAAGAUGCUGCCAACAAUUUUGCUCGUGGCCAUUACACAAUUGGAAAAGAGAUUGUCGAUCUCUGCUUGGAUCGUAUCCGAAAGCUUGCGGAUAACUGUACUGGGCUACAGGGAUUCUUGGUCUUUAAUGCUGUUGGAGGUGGUACUGGUUCCGGUCUUGGAUCCCUUCUCUUGGAGCGUCUCUCUGUUGACUACGGAAAGAAGUCCAAGCUUGGUUUCACUGUCUAUCCUUCACCUCAGGUUUCUACAUCUGUUGUAGAGCCUUACAACAGUGUGCUGUCCACCCAUUCGCUCCUGGAGCACACUGAUGUUGCUGUGCUUCUUGAUAACGAAGCAAUAUAUGACAUCUGCAGGCGAUCUCUGGACAUUGAACGGCCCACUUACACCAAUCUUAACCGCCUUGUCUCUCAGGUUAUCUCAUCUCUUACUGCCUCUUUGAGGUUUGAUGGGGCCUUGAAUGUGGAUGUGACUGAGUUCCAGACUAACCUGGUCCCCUACCCCAGGAUCCAUUUUAUGCUUUCCUCAUAUGCCCCUGUUAUUUCUGCUGAGAAGGCUUACCAUGAGCAAUUAUCAGUGGCUGAGAUCACCAACAGUGCAUUUGAGCCUUCUUCCAUGAUGGCCAAAUGUGACCCACGCCAUGGGAAGUACAUGGCCUGUUGCCUCAUGUACCGAGGUGAUGUUGUGCCCAAAGAUGUGAAUGCUGCUGUGGCCACUAUCAAGACCAAGCGAACUAUCCAAUUUGUCGAUUGGUGCCCAACUGGAUUUAAGUGUGGUAUCAACUACCAGCCACCAACCGUUGUUCCAGGAGGUGACCUUGCCAAGGUGCAGAGGGCUGUCUGCAUGAUCUCUAACUCAACCAGUGUUGCAGAAGUGUUCUCCCGCAUUGACCACAAAUUUGAUCUCAUGUAUGCCAAGCGUGCCUUUGUGCACUGGUAUGUCGGUGAGGGAAUGGAGGAAGGAGAGUUCUCAGAGGCUCGUGAGGAUCUUGCUGCACUGGAAAAAGAUUAUGAGGAAGUUGGUGCUGAGUCUGGUGAAGGAGACGAAGGGGAUGAGGGCGAGGAGUACUGAGGGAAGGACUGCCUUGAUAUAUUUGCUACUCAGAUGUUCUUUGUGUUGCUUCCAAUUUAUGUCACAGAUUUGGUGGCUGAAUCUCGUUUUUUGAAUGUUUUUGGUUACUUUGGGUGAAGUAUCCAGUUCUUCAUAUUUUCAAUGAAUAAGUUUUUGUAAAGACUUUGCCGUAUGAGAGGUUUCCAACUUUGUUACAACUUAAA